GAUAAGAAGGCUUUAGAGAAGUACGUCCAGGAACUUAACCAGAAACUGGAUCAAGAAGCAAGAAACCUAAUAAACCUGCAGGAAGCGCAGAAGGACACCAUUAAGAAGUUGAAAGAGGAGCAGAAAAGACGUGAAGACAUCGAAACUAAGUUCAACGAACGAAAUGACCAGCUUAUGGAGGGUAAGAAGUUUGAAGAGCGCUGCAAAUCUCUCGAGUCACAGCUGGCUGUGCAAACGAAGGAAAAUGAGAAACUGGAGAGACUGCGGCAGGAACUUCACCACAUGUUAGCAAAAGAAAAAGAAAGGGUAGAGCAGAGGGAAAGGCAGGAGGAGACAAUAAAGAACCUGGAAAAGCAGCUCCAAGAGGAGAAAAGAAAGGGUCAGGAGAUGACGUCUGUGGAGCAUGAGAAUGCCUUGCUGAAAGGGGAGCUCAAGCGAGCGAAGGAAAACAACGAAUUGGAGACGCUGCGGCAGGAACUUACCGAUACGCUUGCCCGGGAAAAAAAAAGGACACAGCAGAAAGAAGAGCAGGAAGAGACAAUCAAGAAACUGGAAAAGCAGCUCCAGGAGGAGAAGAAAAAGGUACAGGAGAUGACGUCCGUGGAGCGUGAGAAUCCCAUAGGGAAAGAGGAAUCUCAG